GGCAACACUGCUAUACGACGGCAUGAAACUUACUAGAAAACACAACUGUCAUCCGUCAGUGAUAUCUAAUUUAUAUUUAUUUUGCAUUCUAGGAAAUAAAGAAAACUUGGGGUUUAGUAAAGUAUCCGUAAAUUAUUUAGAAGUAUUUGGUUUCAAAGUCAUAUUUUGACUCUGCUACUGGUAUAAAACCAAUGAAUAAAAUCGCGUUUUUAGAAAAAUAGGUGGAGGUACCUACCACCUACUUUACCUACCUUCUAAGUUCAGAAAAAGUACCUAAUAUAUAAUUAUAAGGAGUGAGUGAGUGUGAUCAAAGAAUAGAGUUCAAAUAUGGUUUUGGCACAUAAUGUUAGCAAUGGAGCAAGGACUCGCGACAUCCAAAUAUCUCAAGAUGUUACUUUUGAUUCAAUGCUACUGUCUAAAACUACUCUGCAAGGAUUACAUGAAUCAGGUUUCUAUAAACCUUCACCAGUGCAACUUCAUGGUAUACCUCUUGGCAAAUGUGGAUUUGAUCUUCUAUUGGAAGCCAAGUCUGGAACAGGGAAGACAGCUGUUUUCACUGUUAUAGCAUUGGAAAAGUUGGAUCUUAGUAAAGGAUUACAGGCUGUUAUAUUAGCACCUACUAGAGAAAUUGCUUCUCAAAUAUGUGAUGUCACUCGUCAAAUAGGUUCCAAAUAUGAAGGUUUAAAUGUUGCAGUUGUAAUGGGAGGAUUGCCUGUAGAAGAAGAUAUCAAUAAGUUUAAAAACCAAGUACACAUUGUAGUAGGGAGUCCAGGACGAUUGCGCCAUUUAAUUCAAGAUAAGCACAUUGAUGUAUCAUCUGUAAGGCUUCUUGUUCUUGAUGAAGGUGACAAGUUGUUGGAUAAAAGUUUUCAAGCUGAUAUUAAUUUUAUAUUCUCUGUCCUACCACACCAAAAACAAGUCAUUUUGAGUAGUGCUACAUAUACUGAAGGCACAAAAUCAUUCCUAAAAAAAUAUGUAAAAAGUGCUCAACAUGUUUGUCCAGAUAGCAACUGCAUUUUAUUAGGAAUUGAACAAAAAGUUACAAUUGUUAAAUAUAAUGCUAAUAUUGUAAGACAGACUCAAAAUAGGUUUGAGGAAUUACUAAAAAUAUUAUCAAAAAAAGCAUUUAAACAGUGCUUAAUAUUUUGCAACUAUCAAGCUAGAGUAACAGAAUUACACAAGUUACUUAUGAAGCAUAAAUGGCCUGUAGAGCAGUUAUAUGGACAACAAGAACAAACAGACCGCUUAGGAGCAUUAAAAACCCUCCAAGAUUACAAAUGCAGGAUACUUAUUGCUACUGAUUUAGCUGCCAGAGGAAUUGAUGCUUCUAAUGUAGACCUUGUUAUUAAUUUUGAACCACCAUUUGAAUGGCAAACAUAUUUACAUAGAAUAGGUCGUGCGGGAAGAUUUGGAUCUUAUGGCAUGUCUAUUACAAUACUUAGUGAAGGAAAAGAAGAAACAAAAUUUAAAGAUAUGUUGCAUUUGUUAGAGAUUCCUUUUCUAGAUAUAAAUUCGAUUGGGUGUAAUGAUAAUAUAGAGCAGACAGAAACUAAUCUUCCACCCUUUGAUAAAAGCAACAAAACAGAUGAUUUUUUCAAAUAUCAAGAGCUAUGGAAUGUCUUCACUGGUAGUAAAAAAGAAAAUAAUAUCAUAGAAAAUUUUGAAACAUUGUGUGAAUCUUUUGAAGGUACUAAAACAGCAGUUGUGGAGUCUUUUGAUGAUUUGUUAAAAUCAUUUCAAGAAAAAGAAGUUCCUAUAAAAUCAAAUGAAUAUCAACAUUUGCAAAUUACAUCUGAAAUAAUUGAUAAAUUAAAUGACACAUUGAACAUUCUAACGACUGCAAAUGAUACUAAUGAAAAUGAAACCGGUUCAGCAAUGGAAUUGAAAAGCAAUGAAAAUGUCAAUAGUAAUGUCAAAUUGAAUGAUUUUGAGCCAAAUCAUUCAAGUGUCACCAAUCUAAAGUUAUUGAAUAAUUAUUCAAUUUUAAAAAAGACUAGUUCUUAUGAGAAUGAACCAAGCGCUUUCCAUAAAAAUGAUACCAAAGCAAUAUCAUCUACAAAAGCAUUUAUGAAUGCUGGUCUUCCAUUGACAUUUGCUUCAUCAAAAGACAUUAAAAAGGGUGAUUCAAUUAAAAAGCAAAAUAGGGCAACUGGCACAGAACAUAAAUCAGAAAUAUUUUACCAUGAGGAACCAAGCCUUUCAAAUGAAGUUAAAAAGUUUCCAUCUAUAAAAGCUAAAGAAAAGUAUUCUCAUGAGUUAAAGCAGAUGAGUAACCAAAAAUAUGAUGUUUCUAACAAUGGAAGAAGAAAACCUAAAACUCAGCCUACACAAUGUAAAUUUGAGGAAACCGAUUCUGAUGACAGUGAUUGUUAUGUAAAUGAAAAUUAUAUUGAUUGGUACAAAAAAUUAAAAUUUAGAAUGAAACAAAUUGAGUUAGCUGUAUAUGUAGAAGAAAUGACUCAUUUGUAUGAGUGAAUUAUGUUAACAAGAAAUGAAAUUUAAAAAUGUUUUUAGUCUUGUGAAAUUAUUUAUUACAUCAAAUUCAAAAUCUCACUUCACAAAAAUAAACAUAAUAAUAUUACAACUAUACAGUUAUUUCAAUAACCUAUGGCAGCCAAAAACUCUAAUAGAAAAACAUUUCUUUAGAUGUGGGAUUUAAUAACCUCAACUAGAACCACCUUUGUUCAUUGGGUAUCAUCAGUUAACAUUGCAAAAUAAUAUAUUUCAUAAUAUUGUCAAAUUAUUUGCAGCCUAUCUUUUGUUUUGAUCAAUUCUUACUUAAUCACUUUACACAUUUAUCACAAACUGAUUAGGCUCAAUUUAUAUUGCUGCGGAAUGGAAUGAAACGGAAGCGUCAAUUCUGCCUCAUUGCGCGGACUCUCACUCACUCUCACUCAUCACUUCCCGCGGAUUCCACAGAAUGCACCGACAGUCGCUAGAAAAAUUCUCGAGAUUGUGCGAUUCCAUGGGAGGCGCGAACCAAUUUUUGGCUAGUAAUAACUUUAAAUGUUAACAAUU